UAAUGCCUCCAUGAUUUCGCAAAGUACCGCUGGACACCGGAAACUUAUUAGAAGAAGAAGAAGUGGACCAGUAGGUGGUAAAAUUGUGUUAGUGAAGGGCCAAGACAGCAAACGAGGCACACGAAAAGAGACCGUGUCGCAAUGCUUCCACUAUCUCUGCUGAAGACUGCCCAGAACCACCCCAUGCUGGUGGAGCUCAAGAAUGGAGAGACGUACAACGGCCACCUGGUCAGCUGUGACAACUGGAUGAACAUCAACCUGAGAGAAGUCAUCUGCACCUCAAGGGAUGGAGAUAAGUUCUGGAGGAUGCCUGAGUGCUACAUCAGAGGAAGCACCAUCAAAUAUCUGCGGAUCCCAGAUGAGAUCAUCGACAUGGUGAAGGAGGAGGUGGUGUCGAAGGGCCGUGGGCGUGGAGGCACCCAGCAGAACAAACAACAGGGCAAAGGACGAGGAGGAGCUGGCCGAGGCCUGUUCGGCGGCCGCGGCAGAGGAAUGACCGGCCCUGGUCGGGGCCAACAGCAGCAGCUGCAGCAGCAACAGCAGGAUAAGAAACCGGUAAAACCACAGGGAAUGAAGAACCAGCACUGACAGACAACAUUGCACCUUCAACAACACAUACUCAGAGCAAUUACUCCUUCAGUACAUGAAGAUGAAAGGUGUUUCCUUCUGCUGUGGUGUUUGUCAAAACUGACCACUGCAGAACUCACACUGGGAGAAGUUAAAGAGAAGCUGUGCUUUUGCACUGAAUUGUUUUUUAGCAUCUGUAAGUUUUUUUUUGCUAUGUCCAUAUACCAGUGUAUCAGUCAGAGGUAACAGACUCCUUCUGUAGUAUCAGUUUAUAGUGUGGAUCAGUACCACUUUGCAAGAUCAGUUUGCAUCAUAAAUCACAUUAUAUUAUCCAACAAGUUUUUCAGCAGUUGGUAUACUGGAAUCAGGUUUCAUUUUUAGUUAUAUUUUUUGUAGUUUUCAUGGUAAAGAAAGUGCCCAGCCCCAAUUUCUGUUGCAUAUUUUUUUUACAUGCUCUUUACUUUUGUGUUGUUUGUAACAUUCUGUGGUUUGUAACCUGUUAGUCUGCUGCGUUGUACGGUCCGAUCACAGCAGUACACGAACAGUCGGGGCGGACCAGAAAUCUGUCCCUGAUAACUUAAACUUCUGUUAAAUCAUUUGUGAGGUGAUACAUUAUGAUCAUUUGGAUUUCCAGAAAAAGAAGAUUCUCAUAUUCUUACGUCUGAAAUGGAUAAGUCCAACUUGUGUCUUGUUGGGUGGGUUUCAUUUUAUUUUUGUAACAGAAGACGAUGUUGUAAUUUAUUUACAUGAGAAUGUGAGAAUUAAACAACUUUUGUUAAAA